AUGGACAGACGGACCCCAGCGCCCAGCCGGGGUUUUGCUUCCCCAGUUAGCUUGUUUUGGCAUCCGUCAGAGCUGCAGGAGUGUUUCUGUUUGGUUUGUCUCAUAUGGCAUCAGAGCGGACUCCGGCUGGAGAUAAUCGGAGUUAAUUCAAAACCAGUGAUUGUGGGUAAAUAUUUAUACAGAAUGUCAGUGAACUCAUUAUUUGGGAAUAAGAAGAGAAAUAACUCCAUAUUAUAUGGUGUGGAUCAGGCACAGAUUAUGGCUUCAUCUUCUGUUUAUCGAGAAUCCACUAGUCGAGGAUGUAUUGGGAACCACGGCGAUGGCUUCCCCCCAAACAAGCGUUACAAAAGCUUUGAGUCAAAGUCCAAGCAAACAGAAGAUCCUUUUGGAGACAAUGAUGACUUCACAGCUGAUGACUUGGAAGAAAUAGAUAUAAUUGCUUCACAGGCUUUAUCACAAGUUCUAGACUCAAAUACUCUUUCUAGAACAACACACGUCCAGAAACCUGAACAGAAUGCCAGACCAUCCUUAACCCCAAACAACACCAAUCAAAAGUCUUCGAAUAUUGAACAAUGGAGUGUUGCCUCUAGUGCAGAAAGAAAUAUGAAAGACCAAUUCGGAAAUGGCACUGAAGAUAUUCGAAUUAAAGACACAUUUGGAUUUGAAGUACUGCAAACACAACAUGAAGAAGUUAAGCAAAAGCUGAAAGAAAUACAGGAUGAAAUCCUUGUUAAAAAUGGAGAAAUUAAAAUUUUGCGGGACUCAAUGCUGCAGAUGGAAUGCACUUUGGAGGAACAGAGAAGAUCAUACAUGCUACUGGAAAAGGAAAAAGAUCAGACACUAAGUGAAAAAGAAAAGGAGUUCUCCAAAAAGUUACAGUCAUUACAGUCAGAGUUGCAGUUUAAAGAUGCUGAAAUGAAUGAAUUGAGAGCAAAACUUCAGAACUGUGAAAGAACUAAGCCUAUUACUCCGUCAGUUACAAACGCCAGCCCUAGGAAGAGUCCCUCCAGAAUUGUAAAAUUGGAAGCAUGUUCUCUUCAGACUGGAAAAAGAUCUUUUCCUACAAAAGAGACUUUCAGCGCUGACAUGUCCCUUAAAGUAUCCUGUUCUGUAGCAAAUUUGCCUUCUGAGACUUCUUUCAACAAGGAGGACAGUAAGACCCCCUGUCCUGAAAUCGAACUUGUGAAGCAAGAACUGUUGGAGAGAAAUGUGUCUUACAGUUUUGUUCAAAGACAAAACACCCAAGGUUCCGUCUUACUAAAUGCACUGAUGAAACAGCCGAUUGCCCCUGGGUCAUUACUAGGACUCUGUCAUCUUCUUAGCAGUAACUCUGAAGUGCUACCUGGGUCUGUCUUGCAGCCUAACUUUUUCAACACAGGAUCUACAGGAAUAUCCAGCAUCAGGACAACUUAUUCUCAGGAUGGAACUCCUUCUUCUCUUGCUGCUUUAAGAGAAGCUCAAAAACUUGCAAUAACGGGAUUGAACUUGAUUGCUAUGGAUGAAGGAUCAUCCAAGGGAGACCUGACAGAAAGUGAGAGAGGACUAUUCCUUCUUAAACGCUUUAAGAUCCCAGGUGCAGUGCAUCUUCUACCUCUAGUGGAAUACCAUAUCAGUGCAUACUGUCAAGCUCUGCAGUUGUCAGCAAAGUCGAGAAACAGUCCUGAAAAUCAAUCAGUUAGUUCUUCUAGAACUAACUCAAGUAUAAUAUCAAGUACCGAGGAUUUUAGAUCUACUCUGCAAGAGACUACAAUUACAUCUCUAGGUGUUCUUUAUUACUUGGUAUAUUACAGCUGGGAUGUUGUUUAUAUAUUACUAUCUUCUGAAGUGAAAAGUGUGUCUGAGAUGGAGAAGAACAUGGUGUGCAAUCAUCAAUCUGAUGAUAAAAAAGAAAAUUCCAGACCACAAGGCCAAACUGUAGAACCACAAGAUGCUGCUAAUAAUGACCAAUCCCAACAUUCUUUGUUCAAAAAAUUGCUUCAGCUGUUAGCUUUGUCUUCUACAGCAACAGGUUCCCAGACCGACAGUAUCAUGAAUCAAAGCCUAAAGGUUUUGGUGAAACUAGCUGAGAAUUCAACAGUUGAGUUACUAAUAAGUUUUUGGCACUUGCUAACUAGCCAGAUGCUGCUUCGCUGUGUGUGUCCUGAGACCCCUUUGUCUGCUGUCCAUCUGACUGUGCGGCUGUUGGCCAUGCUUAUACAUCACCAGAAGCUAGCUGCUCAACUUUGUUGUCAUUCAGAAAGCUGUCUUCUUCUUGCACUGUAUAUGUAUAUUACUUCAAGACCAGAUAAAUCUGCAUCUGAAAUGCUUUGGCUUCAGCUGGAACAAGAGACUGUUAGAUUCCUGACUAAGUGUGUGCGCUGCUCCAGUCCAUCAAUUUUACUACUUGGUACAGAUUGCCAGUGCAGCCUCGAGGUAGUCAAGGCGCUUAUUAUAAUGUUGCAUAGACAAUGGGUGAAGGUUAGAAGAUCUGAGAGCAACUUGAGUGCGUAUAGAGAACGAAUUGUUCAGUUUUUACGGGACACUGUUUUGCUCUUGCAUAGUCUAUCUCAAAAAGAUAAACUGUUUCAUGAACAUUGCCUGGAAGUUCUCCAUCAAUAUGAUGAAGCCAUGCCUGGUGUCAGAGCCAUCCUCAAAAAAACUCUAAAUUUGAAGGCCUCUGAAGAGUUGGCUUUGGAUGAGUUGUAUCCUCCUGAGCCAGAAGUAGAUGAUCAAGAAAUGGACUGCAGCUAGUAAUUCAGCAAUAAUCCACCCCCCUCUGAAUUCUUGUUUCUCAGCUUUGUUGCCAAUAUACAUGUGAAAUAUAACCUGUGUUGUGGUAAACUUUUAAAUUAAUGUUGUGCUAAAGAUCAAUUACUGUCACUUAAGUGUAGCAUGGCUCAUUUUACUUAAUUGCCAGCUAAAUUUAGCAUUAUAAAAUAUUUUUAUAUCAAAAAUCUUUUGAUACUAAGAAGAGAAUUAAACUUAAUUUUGUUUUAUUAUGUAUUUUUGCAGUUUGAAAAUACUUAUAAGUAACAUGGAACUAAAAUUGGCACAAACAUGCUGUGAAUGAAGUCAAAACUUCAAACUGUCACAACACUUUCCACUUAACUCUAAUUAAGUCAUUAUGGUGUUGAAUGUACUGAGUCCCAAGAUCAUUGUAACUUUUUAACACAAGACAUUUUUUUAAAAGUGUGUUUUUUCUCAUAUUUUUAUUCAAUGUUUUGUCUAAAUUACUCUAUUUUGGGUUUGACAGACUUCAAGAAUUUGCUCAUUCUGAUAUUGGUAGAUGACUUUAGUACUCUGAUUUUAAAAUAUAUGUAUUGCAUUUACAUAGUUGACAACUUUUGCCUUGAAAAAAGGUAUUAAAACCUACUCUGCCCCUGCAA